GAUCCAGUUAGCCACCUUUACCUGAAGGCUGAAGCUAACCUGCCGCUCCCUCCCUACUCCCCCCGCCGCCGCCAAGCGCCAAGCGCCAACCUUCCCUUCCCCACUCACCCAUCCCACCCGGUGCAUCCUGAUCUAUCUCGGGUUACAAGGCCCGGGGGGCGGUCGCAGCGCCGGAGCUUUUUGAUUCCCCCCACGGGAUACAACGCCGAAGGUGAAGCCGGGCGUCUCUUUGGAUCUGAGGGGAUGAUGACACGAGCACGGCGGCGGCGCCUCCUUGCCGAAUCUUCCGUGCGCUUGGGAAAGAAGACAUCGCUUGUCCAUCCGGUUGCCGUCUGCCCUGAGGAAUGGAGGGACUGGGCCAACCUGAUGCCUGAGCUCGUCGACGAUAUCUCUGGCCGGCUGCUGUCCUUCGAUGUGACCGAGUACCUCCGCUUCCGCGCCGUGUGCAAGCCGUGGCGCUACCACACCGACGACCCGCGCGCAAGAGCCCUGGACAGGCGCUUCCGCCCCCGCAACUGGAUGGUGCUCUCCCUCACCCCCGACGUCAGCCCCCGACGCCGCCUCCUCAACCUGGCCACGGCGGCCUCCCUCAGCGUCGAGCUGCCGGCGUUCCCCACCCACUGCCACCUGUGCGCUGCUGAUGGCCUGCUUGUCCUCUACCACAGGGCCACAAAGGCCAUUCGCCUCCUCGACCCGCUCAGCAACGCCGUCACUGAGUUCCCCGCCAUCUCCCGCCCCAGCAUCGUCGCCGCCGAGCCACCCUCGAAGCCACGUUACCUCCCUUCAGUGUUCCGGGAGCCACUUCCCCGCUCACUUCAGUGUUCAGGCUUGUACUCCAUCCCUCACUUGAUCGACGGCGCUGGCUUGGACGACUCCACUUCCCCGCCCACCCUCGUGCUCUGCCUGAGGGAAAAGUUGUCCAACAUCGUCUUCGCCAAGCCUGGCGACACGCAUUGGACGCUGGUGAGCCCGGGCCAGGCGUCCCACUGGUGGUUCGACUCCCUUGGCAAGGUCCCAUUCCAUUCGUUGCUGUCCCUGGGAGGGCGCUGCUACUUCACCUCGCCAGAGGGGUCCGUUUAUCUGUUGCAGCUGGGGCCAUUGCCUCGGCUGGUCGAAAUAGUCAACCAGCGCCAGAGUUCGCUCGAUGAUGCCGUACUCGAUGAGGCCAUUCAGCACAGACGCAUCAAAUCCUUUCUGGUCAGCGAAGGCAGCGGCGGAAGGAUGCUGAUGGUGCGGUACUUGAAUAAUAUCAUGCUUUUAGGUGGCAUUGCAGCUUACGAACCGACGGAGCUAUUCACGGCGGGCGGCAUCACUGGCCGCAUGGAGCUGUGGGAGGUAGACAUCGCCGGUAGGAGGCUGGUCCCAUUGAGGAGCCUUGGCCGCCUUGCGGUGUUUGUUGGUGACACGCACUGUGUGGUCGUCUCCACCAAGACGUUCCCCUCUAUUGCCCCCGACGCGAUAUACCUGGGCUAUCGUAAUCAGGAGGGUCGGAAAUUCGGUGUCUAUCACCUGAGCAACAGGAGGACUGAGCCACAGCAUGAUUUCACUCACGACGAAGAUUACAGGGCAGUUCCCCGUGCCAGGCCCUGCAACCUUGACCAGUAUCUCGUCUGCUAUGUCGACCACAGGCACAGCAUGCUCAGUGCAUGCAUCAAUCACACACCGUAUAUCCAUCGUGUCCUGGAUGUUUCUCGUGCUUAUUUUAUCAUGUAAUUUGAUUAAACCUGCCCUGCCUUGCGAUCCACAUCGGAGUAUCUGUCCUGUUCUGUUCCCUUUAUGUGUUUUAUGUGUGCCUACUUUCAAUGUGCUGUCGUUAAUUAG